UAAAGAGCCCUGCAAUUAGCAUUAAGCAGCAGUCGAAAAGCAGUCAAGUCGAAAACACGUCGAGAGCAAAAAGUUGAUGCCACCAGUCAGUGCGCCAAGUGCAAACAGUUCCAAAGUCAACACAAAUAUCCCAGGGGAUCAUCGGGUGAUAAUGCCCGAUAGCUAUAGUAAUACAGCGGACUUACGUAGCCGCCGCCGCGAAAAUCCAAUAGACCGCAACGGCAAUACCGGAAGUAUUGACAAGGAGCAGGCGACAAGCACCAUACAUAAGCUGACAACCGAAUAUUCCCAGCGGGCUAACGAAAUGACGUCGGGCAAGGAAGGUCAAGAAUCCACGUCCAGCAGACGAACCCUUAGCGAGAGUUCCGCGGAGGACGUUGGGCGUACAGGAUCGAAGACCAACGGCGAAGGAAUGUGGCGCAACGAGCUUUCCCUGAAUCCGAACAGCAGCUCUGCUCAGCCCGGAAAGCAGGAGGAUCACAGUCCUGGCUCCGGACACUCCAACAGGAGGUUAAGCGAUGCAGUUGAUGUGGUACUUCGCGUUCUCCUCGUCAUGGUCUUCUUCAAGCUGGAGACGAUGACAGCUUUUAAGAGGGAAAUCCACGAGGAGGAGCUUUGGCUGUACAAAAAUCCCAGGAGACCGGACAUCAUCAAGGGCGGAGAGCUGCUCUUUUGGGUGAUAGUAGCCCCCUUCCUAGUCACAGUCGCCUUCUACUGGUUUACCAAGGACAGGCGGGACUUCAGAGCAGCCAGCUGGGCCUGGACACUUGCUCUGUGCAUGAACGGCAUACCGACGAGCGUGCUGAAGAUAACAGUGGGGCGUCCCAGGCCAGACUACUUCUACCGUUGCUUUCCCGACGGCGUGAUGGUCCUCAAUUCGACUUCGAACAGUCUGGGCACCUCCAUCUUGGACUUCAACUGCACUGGGCUUCCGGGGGUUAUAAAUGAGGGCCGCAAGAGCUUCCCCAGCGGGCACUCAUCGUUUGCCUUUGCUAGUUUCGGUUUCAUCGCCUACUAUGUGGGCGCCAAGCUGCACGCCUUCGACAUCCGGGGACGUGGCCAUACCUGGCGGCUCUGCAUCGCUGUGAUUCCCUUGGUGAUCGCUCUGCUGGUGGCAGUCAGUCGCACCUGCGACUACCACCACCACUGGCAGGAUGUGACGAUCGGCGGCCUGAUUGGCCUGUUUGCGGGCUACAUAAGCUACAGGCAAUAUUAUCCCUCCAUCUUUGGCCCGGAUGCCGGCAAACCGCUAGUCCGGUGGCCCAGGAGUGGGGUAAGCCAAUACCAGCGGCUAAGAGGCAACGAGGACAGUGAGAGCCGUGAUGAAGGGGCCGAGGGCGAUCCAGUGCGGAGGCCACUGAUCGCUGGCAAGGAACAAUCCAAAUGGUACUAAAAGCUUUAAGUAAUUUAUAGUCAAUUAUUGCUUUCCCGUGUAAACUCCUCUUAAAUUAUCAAGCCGUCGCCGUAUUUCAAAUUUACAAGUGUGCUGGUGGGUUACCUCGUAAUGGGUAGGGUUAGUUGGUAGUUAAUCCAAUAAAAACAAAACGCGUCAAUUGCUAAACGUAAA